AAGAGACUUAUCUUCCCAAAUGUAUUUAACUUGACAUUGUACAAACUACUUCAUCUAAUCAAACCAUUCAAUCAGCAUACAUAUCUAUUAAUACCUCUGAAAUAAUGAAUAACAUAACAAAUGAGGUGUUAACGACAAUAUAAUGACUGAAAAAAAACAAUAGAAUUGUAUUGGUAUGUUUAAUGGACGCUAACGCUAAUUAUACAUUGACUUUAUUCCUCAUUUGUAUCUGACUGAGCCACAUUUUAAACUCUAAACGGCAAGUUUGUCCAACCGUUAAGCAGCGCACACGUGUAGCAAUCCCUCCCAAGUAAACACACUUCUUAUAUAUAUUGGAAGUAAUAUUUUCAGCAAAAAACUUGUGUUAUCUGAAAGUAUUUCUCCCCAUUGAGGACUUUGAACGUAAUUGGAUAAAAACUCAGGGUUGCCUCAAGCAAUAAAACAGUAAUCAUCAUACACUCUUUCGAAACCUUUUGACUUUUUCCACACGUGAGCGCACAUUUGGAGGAUUAUCUGGUCUGUCUACAUUUCAGCCUCAGGCAGGCUUCAUAGGAAACACAACAUUGUGUUUAGCAUGUUACGCCCACACAACUUAUUUACAAGGCUAUUAACCCUGUUAUCUAGUGGAACUUUUUCUAAAGAUUUCUCCAUCCUGUUACAAGACAUUGACAACACAUUGAUCACAUGCCAUUUCAUACCAUCCCCCCGCCCCACUCCAAAGUUAAUUUUUAAUCUUCUUUUCAGGGUGACCAGCAAAGCCAUACAUAUAUACCGGGACGUUCUGUUACUGUCUCUUAGCUACUAGGGCAGUGUGGAGAUUUGCAUAUAUUUUCUCUGUACUCUUCAGUACUUUGGAUGUCCCUCACACCUUUUGGAUCAUGGCUGGGUUUCUUACAUGGUUGUGGAAGUAUAGGAAUUACAUUGUGAUAGUCCUGACACCUCUUUUACUUCUGCCUCUGCCCCUUGUCAUCCCGACCCUGCAGGCAAAAUGUGGCUAUGUGAUCAUCCUCAUGGCGCUGUACUGGUGUACGGAGUGCAUCCCCCUGGCUGUGACCGCCCUCCUGCCGGUCAUUCUCUUCCCCAUGAUGGGCAUCAUGGAAUCAAGCGAGGUACUGUACACACAACUAUUUAAAUACAUUUUGACUGGGAUUCAGACUGUUAUUUACUUUUUUUUUUUUUACUCCGUCACCCAGGUUUGUAUUCAGUACCUGAAGGACUCCAACAUGCUCUUCAUCGGUGGGCUGCUGGUGGCCAUUGCUGUCGAGCAGUGGAACCUGCACCGCAGGAUCGCCCUGAAAGUGCUGCUUAUUGUGGGGGUGAAGCCAUCUCUCCUGAUGAUCGGGUUCAUGGGCACCACGGCCUUUCUGUCCAUGUGGAUCAGCAACACGGCCUCCACAGCCAUGAUGGUGCCCAUCGCCAACGCCGUGCUGCAGCAGCUGAACGACACGGAGGCCAACGCCGAGGAGAGGGACUACGACCAGUCUGCGACGAAUGGUCAGGUCAACCAGGCGUACGAGAUGGGCGACACCAAACAGAGCAAAGAGAUCAAAGCAAAGGGCGGGGCCAUCGGCAUCGGUGUGAGUCCAGAGGCCGAGGAGCGCAGACUGCAGAGGGAGCAGAGGUAUUUGAAGCUGACGAAAGGCAUGAGCCUCAGCGUUUGUUACGCAGCCAGCAUCGGCGGGACGGCCACCCUCACUGGAACCACGCCCAAUGUCAUCCUGAAAGGCCAGAUUGAUGAACUCUUCCCAGAUAACGGAGGCGUGAUCAACUUUGCAAGCUGGUUUGGCUUCGCGUUCCCCAACAUGCUGCUCAUGCUCGUCUUGUCUUGGUUCUGGCUGCAGUUUGUUUUUUUGGGAUUUAACUUGAAAAAGUCCUUUGGAUGUGGCACGCAGGAAGGUGGUGACAGGGAGGCGUACCAGGUAAUCAAAGAUGAGUACAAGAAGUUGGGCAGCAUGAGCUUCGCCGAGGGUUGUGUGCUGACCAUCUUCACGUUGCUGGUUCUCCUGUGGUUCACCAGGGAGCCCGGGUUCAUACCCGGCUGGGCCACUGUGCUCUUCAACCAAGAAAAAACGUUUGUAACGGAUGGCACCGUGGCCAUAUUGAUGUCAUCGCUCUUCUUCUGCAUCCCGUCCAAAUUGCCCAGAUGCUGCGGGAGGUCUGAGGACGGUGCUGCUGCUGAAGCCCCCCCACCUCUGCUAAGUUGGGACGUUGUCCACACGAAGAUGCCGUGGAACAUCCUUUUGCUUCUGGGAGGAGGAUUUGCGUUGGCACACGGGAGUGAGAAAUCAGGACUCUCAAUGUGGCUGGGGGAAAGUCUCGUACCGCUGCAGAGCAUCCCUCCUUUUGCCAUCUCAAUCCUGCUGUGUCUGCUGGUGGCAAUGUUCACCGAGUGUUCCAGCAACACUGCAACCACCACCCUCUUUCUGCCUAUAUUGGCCUCUAUGGCAACGGCCAUCAAGAUUCACCCGCUGUACGUCAUGUUUCCCUGCACCAUCUCUGCCUCGCUGGCGUUCAUGCUGCCCGUGGCCACUCCGCCCAACGCCAUCGCCUUCUCCUACGGCAACCUUAAAGUCAUGGACAUGGCCAAAACUGGAUUUGUUCUGAACUUUGUUGGAGUCCUAACCAUCAACAUUGCCAUUAACACGUGGGGCGUGCCCAUGUUCCAGCUGAAUACCUUUCCCAGUUGGGCUAAUGCCACCAGAGCUCCUUGAAUGUGAACUCGACAAAAUGGACACGGACGGAUUAGGGGAGAUUCACAAUAUCUGUGUAUUGCUUUGGAUUCCUCCACCGGAGGACUGGGCUGGUAGGGGACUGACUAUUUUUAUUUAAAACCCAAUACUCCAGUCAGUUCAGCCUGAUGUACAGCCUGAGGUCAGCACCUGAGACGGGUUAUUUGAAUGAUAAACGCCCCCCAUGGUGAUGCUCAUCAGAUACCAGCUGGACGUGCCGACUAGAAAAUAUGGAGCCCUUUUUGUUGAUGUUUUGACUGAAUUUGAGUGAGUUUAGUUAAUCUAGAUAAAUAACCUCCUGGAUAUUCAACCAAGCACAUUUUUUUAAGCUUCCUUAUGAGCUAUUACUAUAUUUUUAAUUGAAGAGUGUCCCCGGUUAUUUAACUUUCUGUAAAAGGAAAGAAACGCUAAUUCAUGCAAACUUGUGGGCCUAUAAAGACUCUUAUUUGAGGAUCGAGAUGCUCUAAUAUAUUACUAAAUGCAGGGUUUUUGAUAUCUGUCUUUCUUUUUUUGGAUUGCUUUUUUAUUGUUGUCCUGUUGUAAUUUGUGUUGUCUGUUGUUGUCAGCCAACAGAAUAUUCAACUUAUAAAUAAAUAAAUCUUUGGAAUAGGCAUUCUGCAGGAUCAGGGGUUGACUGUAUUUUUUGAGACCGUUAUGACUGUUACAUGUAAUUUAAUGACGGGACCAAAUCUCAUUACAUCCAUAGGAUUAGGACCAGUGGGUCCCGAAUCGAUUUAUAGAGAUCAAAGAACACAGAAGGCAAAUCUCUUCAAAGGGUCAAUGUGGGAGGAAUGUUAAAAUGAUGGAAGGUAAGAGAAAUCCAUUAUAGGAAAUGGAUGAAAACAUUAAAUUGAGCCCUUUGGCAGACGUCUAUAUAGCUGCUGUAUCAGAAGAAGAAAAAGGCAUUUUAAAAUGGGGAAACUACAGUGCGCAUAGAUCCAAAGCAUAAACAGAUAGGAAAUGCAAAAUUAGGAAAAGACUGUAAGAGAACAUCAUUCAGAGGAAGAACCAUCAUUCUUGCUGGAUAGGUGCUCACAGUAAUGGAAGGCAAUGAAGGUGCGACGGAUGCUUGUUAUCAGAGGUAAGACAACCUUAUGCUGCAACAUCUUCUUUCUUUUCAUAUUUUAAACCCUUUUGUUAUUUUACCAAUCGCAAAUUUGAAAAAACGCAUUCACAAUGUAAAAUUCCGCAGGAGAUUUUCUGCCUUGAAGUUGAGGUGAAUUGUCAGUUGUUGGUGUAAAUCUCAGCACAUGUACCAGAUUCUGUUGAUGCUCAACGUAUAACUACCAGAUUAAACUUUACAUUG